UUGAUAGUUUAUUUGACAAUUAUUUGUUUAUUAUUUUUGACUUGAUUCUUAUUAGGAUUAUUUUAUUAUUUAUACACAUCCAACAUAAUUCCUUGUGUUGGUUGAUUAAUUUUUAGUUUGGUUAUUAAACGCUGAACUCAAAUCUGGUCUAGCAGGUUUUGUUAAUCACUUAAGCUGGAAAUAAACAAGAAUUGCUAAUUAGAGUUCUAAAUGCUUGUAAAAUGGGUUCCAAGCGUAGGAGUACUACAAAAGCAGGUACUUCUUCACAAAAGAGAACAUUUAAAGAGGUUGUCAAAGUGGAACAAAGGCUAGAAACCAAGAAAGUGAAGGGAAACCUAUUUUUUCCUUGCAAGACUUGUAAUAGACUUUUCAAAAAAGAAAAUGAAGCAACGGAACAUUCUCAAGCCUGCAACUUUCAAACUUCAAAUGGUUCAAUUUCUAGUGGGGUGAAAGCAAAGGAUAAAAUGAAUAACAAUUACAUGCCAAGUAACGAAGCCAAAAAAUGUAGAAGAAACUCUGAGCGUCUCAGAAAAAAUGCUACUAGAUGCAAUAAUUACAUAUCAGUGCCAAAGAAGAAAACUAUUAAAAACAGCAAAAGUAAUGUGGAACUUAAUAAUCACCCAAAUAAGGAAAAAUCUGAUUUACAACCCUGUGCCACCAUUGAGAAUGAUAAGAAAGAUGUUGCUGAAACUCCUGUGAAAUCUAGAAGACGGGGCAAAAAAUUGUCAGAAGAAGAAAUUGCCGAGAGACUCAAAGCAAUAUCAGAAAAAUUGAAAAAAACAUCUGAGGUUAAAGUUCCUUAUGAUGAACAAGAGGAAGAAGAGAGACAAGAGAUUGAAGAUAAACUAAUGGCCUUGAACAAAGACAGCGAAAUUUCGUAUUUGGACGACUACCCAGAUUUUGAUGAUAGGCUGAAAGAUGAAGAUGAAUCUCUCGUAAUGAACACAGAGAGUAUUGUAAAUUUGGAAAAGGGACAUGGAGUCGUGAAUAAUCCAAAUAUCAACAGUUCAGGUCAACCAAAUAGUUCGAUUGGACAGCAUACAACUAUUAUUGUUACUCAAAAACCAGAUGGUCAGUUACAUGGUUGUCCUAGGUGUCCAGAAGUCUUUGUCAGUGAAUUAGAGCUUUUCAGACAUAAAAGGGCCAAACACACUGCUCCUAAAAUAAUAAUGGCCCUUAGUGAAGUCAAAAAAUUUUAUGAUGUACCUGACAGAUCUCAUUGCCCCAUCUGCAAGAGGGUCUUUAAUUCUUCCAACAAAACCAUUUAUAUCAAGCAUCUACAAUCACAUAGUUACAUUGGAGAAUACGCAUGUCCUGUUUGCAAGAAGAACUUUAAGAGGAAGGACCAUAUGAGAAUGCACCAGAAACGCCAUAUCGUUUAA